AUGAUAAACCAACAAAUUGGGGCUUUUGUUGGUCCGCAAAUAAGACAGAUUUUCGCCGAUGAAAAAUUUCCAAAGUUGCUGAAUCGUACUCAAAAAGCGAGUUGGAACAGUUUUAAAGCAGUAGUUUCUGGAUUUUUGAAAAAUAAUAAAGCUGAAAUCUACGAAAAGUUGGUUGAGGAUAUGCUUACAAAUUUUAAGGCCAUGGCCUGCAGGAUGUUAUUGAAAGUACAUAUUCUGCAUGCUCAUUUGGAUAAAUUUAAAAACAAUAUGGGAGCCUAUUCCGAAGAGCAAGGAGAAAGUUUCCAUCAGGACAUCAUGAAUUUUGAACAACGCUAUCAAGGCCAAUGA